AUGGCACUGACGCCGAGCUGUACCAUCCUGUACCUGACGUCCUGUAUCAUUCAUAUAUCAUUAAGAAGUGCUUCGGUAACGUUGAGUGUAGCGCCAGUGGGCUACUUCCCACUCCAGAAAAUUUCUGCUGAUGAUGCAGCGCGUGGCCACACGAUCGGCUCGAUAUUCUGGGGACCAGACUGUUCACUUCAUAGAAUUUGCUCGCCUGCAGAUUGCCCAGAAAGAUCGAUUUAACCUCGAGACUAGAUCGAGUUUGCCUCCGAGAACAAGUUUGUACUGCGCCUCGGUCAAGUCUGCCAACUGAUCAAAGGUAUAUGCCUCGGACCAGGUUCUGAAGGGGCUGCUACUUC